AUGCAUAGCUUAGAAAAAAUCAGUUUUCCUAUCGUAUUAGCGUUGGUCAGCUAUGUUUUAGCUACGGAUAAUGACAAUAUGAAGGACCAAGGAUCAUUCGGUGAUGGCAGUGGACCCUUGUGGUUUGGACCAAGACUAGGCAAGCGAUCUCCAAGUCAAUCCACCGAAGACAACAGGCAAGCACUUUACAAACUACUGGAGGCUGCUGAUACGAUCAACUAUUACCGUGAUUAUGAAGGAAGUGAAGGAAGGAGUGAGGUGAAGGAUAGAGCUACGGAAUCAGAAACUAAAGGUCGCAGCCUAUCGCCGGACGAAGAAAGAAUGACCGAAAACGCAGAGUUUAUUUCUCGACUUGGCAGACGACUCUCUAACGGAAUGGCCGAUGAGCCAACUGUCCAAAAUAUAAAUCAUCCUGAAGCAGAGCAAAAGAACAGCAGAACCAAAUAUUUUUCAGGACUUGGCAGGAUCGUGAACUUUUCGCCAAGACUCGGCCGUGAACUUGCAUAUGAUUAUUUCAUAACCGCACUAAGCUCAACGGCUAGCGAUGUUGUAUUGGCGGCUAAUAUUGAAGAUUUUCGCUCUAUAGCAAAAGAAUUUGUACCCGACGAUUUGGCAAAUGCAAUUUUCAAAAUGGCGAAAGACGCAAUCGGUCAUGAUGCGAGUAGACAACUCAAUGAAUUUCCAAAAAUUCGUGAUAUUAGUCCUGACACUGACAUAGCGACAGAAUCUUAUAAUACGGAGAAUACAGUUAGGCCAGAGUACAAAAAAAGGAAAGAAAGUGACAGUAGCCCCACGAAAAAGACGACUUCAAAGUAUGAAUUGUCUUUAGACGAUAUCGUAGAGAAAAUAAAGAAGAGACUGCAAAGCGAACUCACUUUGAUGGCAGCCACGGCAGACACGAGAACCACUACUGAAAAGUCUUAUGAAAUACCAAAAGUGCUUAUUGAUAACCCCAUUAAACCACAGUCUGGUGUUCUAGAAGACGGUCAACAAUCUCGUUAUAUAAACCCUCCGUCUAGGUAUGUAAAACAAACCAGAAAUGUUAUCGAAAAUAAAUCUCGAGAAGAAGAAGGACGUGAAGAAAAAUCAAAACAGCAACCGACAAAUGAUAGUUACGUAACACAACAAUCCAAAUAUAUGCUUAGUCAAGGUAAGUUAGAAAAGGCAAUGAAACAAAAAUAUGCUAUAAGACCAGGAAAUCAUAAAGCAUUUACUGCUCAACAUAACGUUAAUAAUAAAAAACAUAUGAAGCGAGAUAGAAAUAUCAAUCUACCUAAACGUAUUACUUCUACUACCACCGGUAUUUUCUCAGCAGUAAAUUUGGCAUCAAAAGACAGUUAUGAAGAUUACGUCACUCCAAAAAAAGAUGAAGACUAUAUCGAACAAGAAACCGAAGCAACGGAACCUAAGAAAGUGGACACAAAUAAUUCUUCUUCGAAAAAAGAGCCUGUAGAUCAGAUGGACAAGAAAAUUCUCAAUGUAUUUAGCGAUGAAACCGAAAUUAAAGCUAAAGAAUAUAUUAACUACGAAGAUGAAACAACAAAUUAUAAUAAAAGAAAGAUUAAAAAGCCAAGUAGUAAUUUAGGACAAAAACAAAAUAACCGUGAUAGUAAAUAUUUUGUUGAAAAUUUACCGUAUAAAGUGGCAGGUAAUAUUGAACAAGACAUUCAGCCUUAUAGAGGGGAGAAUGACAGAGAUAAUUUACAGGAGAAAGAUUACGCCGGUGAUAAUGAACAACCAGCUGCAGAGACUUCUAAAGCAAAGUCAGAAGGAUUUUUUUUAAAUAUAGGUUCUAAUAGGCAAUAUAUAACUGCGGAUGCUGGGAAACAUAAGAAUAGAAAUAGAUUUAAAACAAAUGGAAGACAAAGUCAAGACACAGAUAUACCUAAAAGAAAUACGAACAGGUUGGAGACCCCUAACAACUUGGUUAAAAUUCCUAAAGCAGAUGAAAAAUAUGAUUUAGAUGAACCAAAUCAAAAUGAAGAUCAAUACACAAUACCAGAAAACUCAUAG